AUGUCCGUCGACGGAGAAAUAGAAAUGAUUUACCAGUACUAUCCUCCAGGUGUAAAGAAGGUUAUUGCAUCCGGAGGUAGUGCCUUUAUUGGAGAAGUAGAUGAAUCUACAGUUCUCAAAUAUCCUCUGGCGCCUGGCAGAGAGGCAAUUCGCACUGAGAUCGAAAGAAAGCUUCUCGAAAUCAUCGGACCACACCCUCGAAUCAUCGGUUUCAAGGGCUUUUCAGACAUGCGGAUCUAUCUUGAGCGCGCUGUGAAUGGUACUCUCGCCCACCACUUACUUGAAUCAGGCCUUCCGCCUCCUUCGACCCGCCAGCGAUUAUCAUGGUGCCGGGAGGCUGCUGAAGCAGUUGCACACAUCCACUCACGCCGGGUCCUUCAUUGCGUCAUUCAACCCACCAAUCUUCUCCUCGACGACGAGUUCCAUCUCAAGCUAGCAGACUUCCAAGGGAGACAUUUAUCAGAAGAUGGGCAAGUCCUCCUAGACGGUUGGAGCGGUGAGCCGUGCAGGUUUUUCUGCCCUCGAAAUGACUUCUUUGAUGCUAAUAUUAUAACCGACCUCUUUGCGCUUGGGUGCAAUUUCUAUUUCAUCAUGAUGGGCCACGCUGUUUUCCCUGAUAUCAAGGAUGGAGAGGAUGGGUUUCGAGAGAAAGUGGCCGCCAGGUUCGAGAAGCAGGAGUUCCCACAAGACUUUCACGCUUGUAGUACUGUCACGCUUAACUGCUGGAAAGGGCUCUAUGGUGCUGCUGGCGAGGUAGUUGAAGAAAUCAAGGCUUUGGAACAAAAACUCGAAGAUUGAGGCCGAUGGGGGUAAUGGAUCUCCGAGAGUCAAGUUUGGGGAUGUAGUUAGGUGGGUUGGGUGUUUGGCAUUGUAUGUUUCCGGACCUGCUAUCAGUGAGGGA